CCCGGACCAUCUUUGUUCCAGGCCUGCUGCCGCUCCUGCUCCUGCUCUUCUGUCUAUAUCGGUUCCUCUUUGUUCGCUCAGAGGAGGUGACCGUCCUUCCUUUCUUCCUUCCUUCCUUCCUGCCUGCCUGCCUGCCCUCGCCUCGCCUCGCCUCGUCUGGUCUCCUUCUCCUGUCUCCUGUCUCCUGUCUCCUGUGUCGACUCUGGGCACGGGUCUUAUAUCAAUUCGCCGAUUUCGUUUUGCCAUUCUGGAGUUGGAUAAUGUCCGCUAGCACUGCGUGCCGAGCAUUGUGCUUGAGAAAUUUCGAGUAGUGGCCGCCCCCCUCGGACGCACUAGAUCAGAUUUCAUUCGUUCAUUCCUGCCCAUCCCGCACUCGUAUUGCGGCCACUGCUGCACUCCAGUCCAGUCCACUCCACUCCGCUUCGCUUCGCACUUUCGACGUGCAAGUGUCGCAAACCCCACCCGCUGCCCCUCCCCCACCGCCGUCCCCCUCCUCCUCCCAGUCGUCUGUCGACGAAGAAGCAGCAGGAGCGGGAGCAGCAGCAGCAGCAGCUGCAGCGACGUGAAUUGUGGACCGACUGGAUUGCGCACUCUGGAGAGAGAUGUCGACCCAUUACGGUAGCAGUACAAUCGGCGGCGCGUUGCAAUUUCCGGAACCGAGCCAGCCGUCCAUCAGCCCCAUAAGCGCCAACAGCAAAAUUCCAUGGGGCUGGCACUUCCGCCCGACGGGCGCUGAGCUCAUCACAAAUCUAAAUAAGAAGGUUAAACGCCAGAGGCAAGACCGCAGUCGGUACGAGCCCGAGGACAUCUCUGACGUGCUGCGCGAGAUUGAUCUCUCGCAGGUCGAGCCUUGGGAAAUCAAAGGAAUCCCCGAGACUUGCAGCAUCAGAGCCACUCACGCCGACGAGCUGAAUCAGUACUUCUACACUCAGAAGGAGCAGAAGUAUCGUCACGGCAAGCGCUCGAACAGAGCAACGCGGAGGGGCUUUUGGAAAGCCACGGGCCGUGACAAGCCCAUUUACGGGAAGAUAAAUCAGAAGGACCGGCACAAGCGUGUCAUCGGCUACCGCAAAGCUUUGGUAUUCUACGAGGGCCGCGCUCCCAAUGGCAACAAAACCGACUGGAUUUUGCACGAAUACAGACUCGAGGCAGAUCCAGAUUCCACGGACGAGCAAUGGGUCGCGUGCCACAUGUUUAUCAAAGAGCGGAACAUACCACCCAGAGACGUCGCUGACGUCUCGGACUUGCCGAACGGGGGUCUAGAUAUGGGCCCGGACUGGCCGGAACUGCCGCCACUGACAGUGAAGGAGGAGCCUGGGUUCCCUUACUCGGAUCAUCGUACCGUGACCCAAGAGCAGCAGCAGGAGCUGGGUUUCCACCUACCGCCGUGCGUCAGAGACGACCUGAGCCUUCCUCGCCUGGAAGAAGAUGACAACAAUUAUUCUGUCCACCGCGAGGUUGCGGCCGACGUCGUUGUAAUACCUCGUCCAGAGACAGGGCGCAUGCCGCCCUUCGACAACGAUCGGCUCAUCGCUGACCUGCUGUACAGUUAUGCUGAAAAUCCACAACAAUCAAUCUGGCCAAACCUAGACGGAUCGGUAAUUUCUGACACCCUUUGGAACCCUCCAUACUGAGAAGCCACGAGGUUUUUCAGCAUGUAGAGCUGAGCUCAUGAUAGUGUUAGAGACAUGAAAUGUAGUUCACAAACCUCGCAGAGUCUGAACUAGUUUGAGUUUAGUGCCCAAAGUGGGUUACACCAAUUCUGCCAACUAGAACCCAUGAUUACCUCUACUUAUAAUCCGCAUAUGAAUUUUUACGCCUUAAAAUUGUAAAGUGUGUAACCUUUUGUAAACUACUGUGAAUAAGUAUCUCAUCUAUAGUUUUAC